AUGAGAUCGCAGAGACGAACACGAGCAUCUCUGCCCGAGCAGACCUCCACAAAUCGACGACAAAAGCGCUUCUCAUCCCCUAAAAUGUCAAGUCCGAGAUUUCACCAACAACUGCUGACACGGUUCUUGGAUCGAGGUCGGCAAUCUACACAGAAACAAAAGGUAGAUAGCGAAGUGUCGAGUCCAUCAUCGAGCCGAAGUAGGACUUUUUCUCCUCAAGUCAUCAUGUUGAACUCAAGCGGGUCUGUGGAAAAAGAGAACCCGGCGGCUCGUCUUCGACGUUCUUUUCGCGAAAUGGCCUCAAACAAUACGUCGAAAUCCUCGCCACGUUCACCAUCACCCAAAAGAGCGCCGCCGAUCUCGCCGACUAGCUUGCAUUCAGCAUCAACAACGCCAACAUUCUCAUCACCAAACAGCUCCACGAAUAACAGUUUUCUGACGCCAAAGACAAAAACAAAAAGAAUUCGAGGAAACUUGGCUACAACGCGAGCCCGACGAUCAAAUGUUACGAGUCGCUCAAGAGCUCCAGAGACUUCGACUUCGACCGCUGAAAUAUCAGCGGCGCAUGCAGCAACUCGAAAAAGAGGAAGAACGGUUCACAAGGAAGACGCAAAUUCACCGAUCAAGACGAGAUUAUUGCAAAAGAGCGCGGAUGUUCCCCGAUCGGCAUGCGCUCUGUGCAAUCGCCCGAAUAAUUUGAUGUUAGAGUGCACGAAUUGUCAACUAAAAUAUCAUCCAAUCAAGUGUCUCCUCUAUUCUCGUGAUGUGGCUGAAUCAUUGAUGCAGAGAAAUGACUGGUUGUGCCCUCAAUGCAUCACAUGCGUCAAAUGUGCAGCUUACAUUGAUGAUCCGGGGAAUUUGGAGUGCUGUAAAUGUGGACGAGUUUGGCAUGGAGCUUGUCGCCCUGUGGAUUCAACUUACUCGAGCGAUUGGAUGUGUCGAGCUUGUGCAGGACAUGCAUCACCAUCACACAGAGUGAUCAGCUCGGCAAAGACCUAUCACAGAGGCCCAUUACCCACUCCUCAAUCAACGCCAACAUCAAGAAUGUCUUUAUUGGCCGCUUCCGGUAUUGUCAACAAAGAAAAGUUGGGAGACUCAAAGAAACGGGAAAACAAUCUUACUCGCGCUUUAUCGCCAAAUCAUUUCUCGACGAUGCUGGAAGAGUUGAAUCAUGAAGACCUAAUGCCUGGCCCUUCAAAUAAGAAAAAUGCCAAGACUUCAAAAGACCGGGGUUUGAUUGAAACAAAAUCCCCUACCAAAGUGCUUCGACAAUUGGAGGCCAUACUGAAGGAAAGAGACAAUUCACCGCUGAAAUCAAUGAAAAAGGAUACAAUAGAAACGUAUAACGAGGUCUUGCGAAACUACAAGAGAAUCUCCUUGCCAAAAAAAGCCGGAAAUGAUACGACACAAUGGGUUCACAUGGCUACACGAGACAAAAUGAAGGUGAUCUAUCAGAGCACAGCCUACUCGGAUGAGAUUCAAAAGGCGCCGAAUAUCUACGUGUGCAUUUACUGCUUGAUGGCCAUGGCCGAUGUUGCAGAUUAUCGAAUACAUGCGGAUUACUGUGAGGUCUAUCAUCCACCUGGUAACGAAAUCUAUCGUGACGGAAAUGUAUCCUUUUUCGAAGUUGAUGGCCAGUUUGAACAGGGCUAUUGUCGUCGAUUGUGCAAGUUAGCCAAACUGUUCUUGUCUUCGAAGAAGCUUUAUCACGACGUGCAAGAUUUUUGGUUCUACAUUUUGACGGAAACCACGGAACAUGGUUGUGAAAUUGUUGGCUACUUCUCGAAGGAAAAGAAACCGAGCAAAGACUAUAAUUUGAGUUGUCUACUCGCACUGCCAUAUGCACAGAAGAAAGGUUAUGGAAGGUUCAUCAUUGAUAUGAGCUAUGAGAUUUCUCGCAUUGAGCGCAGAAUUGGUGGCCCCGAACACCCACUUUCGGAUCUAGGCCUGAAAACUUACAUCGGUUAUUGGAGAGCUUCGAUUCUUGCGUAUUUGAGAUCAUUACAAAGUGGAAUUACCCAAAUUUCGUUAGCCGACAUGUCGCUGGCGACGAGGAUUAAGGUGGAUGAAAUUGUGGCUCAACUUUUACGUGAUCGACUAAUCGUUCAUCAGGAUGGACAGUAUUACGUUCGACAUGGAGAGCGUGCUCUCCGUUUCCCAUUAUGUGCCUCAAGAAGGAGAACGGUGCGCAAGGAGCUGCUUGUUUGGGAACCCGAAGAGGACAUUAACGAUAUCGAUCCGACGAAAAUCAAUGGUUACAGCGUUCGCGAGAAU